AUGGCCCUCAAGCGGAUUAAGAAGGUACAAAGACUAUGAUCUUGCUAAGUUAAUGGUUGAAAAUAGGAAUUACAAGAUCUUGGUCGUGAUCCGCCCGCCCAGUGCUCUGCUGGUCCCAUCAAUGAAGAUCGUAAGUCAGUCCCUCUGACUUAACUACCUCUAUAGUUUUCCACUGGCAGGCAACGAUAAUGGGUCCGGUUGGUUUAAUUGGUCUCUGGUCUUAUUUUGUUAACGUCUUGUAGACUGAGAGUCCGUACGAGGGGGGCGUAUUUUUCCUUGACAUUCACUUCCCGACGGACUAUCCCUUCAAGCCACCGAAGGUUUGCACCAGUUAGCACCCAUUAUCACUCUUCCAGAUUACGUUUACCACAAAAAUAUACCAUCCAAACAUAAAUUCGAAUGGGAGUAUCUGCUUGGAUAUCCUCCGGAGCCAGUGGUCUCCAGCGCUCACUAUAUCGAAAGGUAACAUCACUUUGCCCAACCUAACGUCUAGUGCUUCUUUCGAUAUGUUCAUUGCUGACCGAUCCUAA